AAACAGACUGCUUUUGACAUUGACAAAUUAGUUAUUUUUCCGUGUUUUCGUUUAGCUUACUAGCUUGAAAAUUGAGUUAAUCAUUGCGUAAUGUGGCCAGCAUUGGAGAGAGUCAGUCCUGGUCUGAAGAAACAACAGCUCACAAUCCAGUAUCUGUUCAUUCAGGAGCUCGUCUAAAAACAUUCAGCCUUCUCAGGGUUUUAAACUUUUUAAGUUUUUGUAAAAGGGCAUCUGCUUUGACGGGACCGAGGAGCGGAGAAUGAUCUCGAACUCUAUCAGGGGAAUGUGACCAGGAAAUGUGAACAGAUUUUUGACUGCAAGCAAUAAAUCGCCUGCUUUCCUGUCGACAGUGCUGUGCUAUCUCGUGUCAUCGGUCAAAGCGUUUUCACCUGCUCACAGAAUGGAAUGAAAACCUUAUGAUCACUGAAAUGCGAUAUACUGCUUCAGUUUAACUUGAUAUACAAAUACGGGACUGUUUGACAACUUCACGAUGGAAGACUUAAGAGAGAGGUUCAUACUGUGCUGCCAAAGUACUUUCCCGUGUUUCAGAGAUCCGGCGAACAGUACCUCAUCUUACACCGAGAAACGACAAAUUGAAGUGAUAACUAAUCCAUUUACAACCCCGACACCUGUGGAGAAGCCCGGCUACGUUUACAUCGCGCUGUACGACUACACGGCGCGCACGGAGAAUGAUUUGAGCUUUAACGCUGGGGAUAAACUGGAGCCACUCAGGAGAGAGGAAGACUGGUGGUACGCGAGAGGAAUCACCGGGAUUUCGGCGAACAAAGAGGGCUACAUUCCUGCGAAUUAUGUUGCAGCCGUAGAAAGCCUCGAUGCUGAGCCAUGGUAUUUUCCAGAAACAAAGCGCUUGGAGGCCGAAAAGAUGUUGAUGUCUCAAGAGAACAAGAAUGGAGCUUUUCUAAUCAGAAACUGUGAAAGCCAGGAAGGAGAGCACUCACUCUCAGUGCUGGACAACGGAAAAGUGAAGCAUUAUAAGAUCAGAAGGCAUGAUAAUGGUGGCUACUUCGUGUCAAGGAUUCGUAGUUUUUUCACAUUGAAAGAACUAGUGGAGCACUACUCCAAUGAGGAUGGCCUCUCUGUUCGUUUGGCAGAACCCUGCAAAAAAACAAUGGCUCCAGAGACACAUGGUCUAUCUUACGACACUGUGGAUCAGUGGGAGAUCCCACGUUCCUCUCUAGAACUCUUGAAGAAGUUGGGAGCAGGGCAGUUUGGUGAGGUCUUUGAAGGCAUAUGGAAUGGCAGCACAGCCGUCGCUGUCAAAACACUCAAACCAGGAACUAUGGAUCCAAAAGACUUCCUGCAAGAAGCUCAGAUCAUGAAGAAGCUCCGUCAUGCCAAACUGAUCCAGCUCUAUGCUGUCUGCACUACGGAAGAGCCCAUCUACAUCGUCACAGAGCUCAUGAGGCACGGGAGCCUUCUAGAAUAUCUGCAAAAAGACAGGGGAGCUUCUCUGCAAAUGUCUGAUCAGAUAGAAAUGGGAUCCCAAGUGGCAUCUGGCAUGGCAUACCUUGAGCUGCAGAACUACAUUCACAGAGAUCUUGCGGCACGAAAUGUUCUGGUGGGAGAUAACAAUGUGUGUAAGGUGGCCGACUUUGGUUUGGCACGUGUAUUUCAGAUGGAAAAUGAGAAUGUUUAUGAGGCCAAAGAAGGAACCAAGUUUCCAGUGAAAUGGACUGCUCCCGAGGCCAUCCACGAGAACAAAUUCACUAUCAAAUCUGACGUUUGGUCUUUCGGGGUCCUACUAUAUGAAAUUGUGACAUUUGGACAGAUGCCUUACCCAACCAUGACAAACUUUCAGGUGGUACAACAGUUGACCAAAGGCUACAGGAUGCCGUGCCCUCUUAACUGCCCAACAUUUUUAUUUGACAUCAUGUCCGAAUGCUGGAAGGACUCUCCUGCAGACAGACCCACCUUUGAAACUCUGCAAUGGAAACUCGAGGACUUCUUUGAUAUGGAUGUCAGCUCUUACGAUGACGCAAGCCGCUACUAAAAGACACUGCUGCUUACAAAUUUGAUGCAACUGCAAAUGAGCCAAGUGCAGGGAUUUGAUGAGCAAGCCUGAGAUGCUAUUUUAGUAUCAAAUGAACCAAAUGCCUUUAUGUAUUCUUAAUGUUCACAUAUAAUAUUCUAAAUGCACUCAUCAAGAGUUUUCCUAUGUACAAACUACUUUUGUUAAAGCUGAAACGUGUAGUCAUUUGGAUGUUAAAAUGCUUUCUCUUAUCCAAUGGCAGUAGAAAGUUAUGGUGUGACAUAAACUAAAGGCUACUGACUAUUUUUAAAAAGAAAAAAUCCCUUCAGUGUUUUCCAACCUAAAUUUUCUGUUUCAGUAGGAAAUAUAUAUAAC